UUAAGAAGAGGGAAUUUUGACGAUUUCCGUGUUUGGAAAUAAGAAUAUCUUUGCCAAGACCUUUUCGUUGUGGCUUGGCCGCGAGCUCGAGCCAGGGUAAUGCUGUGGCGCAAGUUUAAUUGUCCAGACGCGUCAACCGCGUUUCCCUGCAGCCGCAGCUGCAGCAUUCUUCCACCUGCCUUUGGGAUUAGUUACCGGUCGCCAUCUUCAAAAACUUCAACACAGUACCCCCAAAGAUAACCAGAACCGCCGAAAUGUCCGACUUGGAAGACGAGAUGGACGUUGAUGUCCCGACGUCCAAAGACAUCAAAUUCUCCUCCGACAGCGCAUCCAAAGGCAAGCGCAGCGCCGCAAACCUACCCGUUGAGGCUGAAGACAGUCUGCCAUGGGUCGAGAAAUAUCGCCCAGUAUCCCUCGCCGACGUAUCGGGUCACCAAGACAUCCUCGCGACCAUCAACAAGUUCGUCGACUCUAACCGAUUACCCCACCUCCUCCUCUACGGCCCCCCCGGUACUGGUAAGACCUCGACAAUUCUUGCCCUCGCCCGCCGUAUCUACGGCUCGGACAACAUGCGCCAGAUGGUGCUCGAGCUCAAUGCCUCCGACGACCGCGGCAUCGAUGUUGUGCGCGAACAAAUCAAGACCUUCGCGUCGACCAAGCAGAUCUUCACAAUGGGCGCCUCGGCGUCGCGGACGGGUAUCGCGGGGUUCAAGCUCAUCAUUCUCGACGAAGCCGACGCCAUGACCAACACGGCCCAGAUGGCCCUCCGCCGCAUCAUGGAGAAAUACACUGCCAACACCCGGUUCUGCAUCAUCGCCAACUACUCUCACAAACUCAGCCCCGCCCUGCUGUCACGGUGCACACGGUUCCGUUUCAGCCCGCUAAAGGAGCAGGAUAUUCGAGUUCUGGUGGACAAGGUCAUUGAAGAGGAAACCGUCAAGAUCAUUCCCGAGGCGACCGAGGCUUUGGUGCGGCUGAGCAAGGGCGACAUGCGUCGGGCGCUGAACGUGCUGCAGGCCUGCCACGCGUCAAGUACGCCUUUACAACCUCGCGAUGCUCCCAAGAUACCCGAGAAGGACAUCAUCCGCGAGACCAUUACAACACAGACCAUCUACAACUGCGUCGCCGCCCCGCCGCCCGAUGCCAUCAAGAAAAUCCUCGGCACGCUGCUGAGCACGAGUGACGUCACAUCAUGUCUGUCGACCAUCAACACACUAAAGGUGGCCCAGGGGCUGGCGCUCGCAGACAUCAUCACUGCGCUGUCAGAAGAGUUGACCAAGUUGGAAGUAAAGCCGCAGGUCAUGAUCAUGUGGCUGGAGAAGCUUGCCGAGGUUGAGCACAGAGUAUCGAGUGGGGCAAACGAGGCGAUCCAGACGUCUGCCGUGGUGGGAGCGAUACGGAACGGUGUCGAGUUGAUGGGUUGAGGGGAUCUCGCGUUGAUGACUGAUAGGAGUAGUGUACAUGACCUCCUCCCCCAACCUGCCUUCCGCCCGACCCAUAUAUGAUAUCCCUCAUUGAGACUUGGCAUCAUCAAAACGAGGACCAGACAAUAGUUCUCAAAUUGACGAUCCUCACAAGAUAAGCUACGUAGGUCUAGAGUCCUUUUUAAAUA